GUUGCUAUGGAUGGUGAGUGGCUGCCCUUGGUGGUGGAGGUGACCGGCUUGCUCCAGGACCCAGCUUUCCACGUAGCCAAGUGCACAGCAGAGGCGCUGAAGCUGAAGUUUCCAAGCAAGUUUGCAGAUCCUGUAGUACAUCCUUUAUUAGAAUUUGCAUGGAAUGAAUAUUUACAGAAGAAAAAGAAGGAGCUGAGAGGCGAGGUGUGGGGAUAUGCCUCCUGCGUGAUGUGCUUUGUUAAUGGAAGGCUGCUGGGCGAUGAGAAGGAGUUGCUCAAGUGGGCCUACUGCAAAUGGGGCUACCGCGAUUUCAAGCCUGAGGCCCUUUACCAAGCAAUCACGGAGGAUUUCUACACCAAACACCUGAAGAGCAGCCAGCACAUGUUUGUGUAUUUGGACAUAACCAUUGAGGAGCAGCCCAUUGGGACACUUCUGUUUGAGCUCUUUUCUGAUGUAUGCCCCAAAACCUGUGAGAAUUUCCGUGCUCUGUGCGAAGGAGGAGUGAUGUCUGCCAGCAGUGGUCAAGAGCUCACUUACAAAAAUUCCCAUUUUCAUCGGUUUGUAAAACCCGUGUGGAUCCAAGGAGGAGACAUAACUGGGAAAGGAGAUGGAGGCGAGUCAAUUUAUGGUCCCACAUUUGAAGAUGAAAACUUUGCCAUCCCUCACAAGGGAAGAGGAGUACUUGGGAUGGCUAACAAGGGCCGCCACAGCAAUGGCUCCCAGUUCUACAUCACGCUCCAGCCAGUUCCCUACCUGGACAAAAAAUGUGUGGCUUUUGGGCAACUGAUUGAGGGCACAGAGGUUCUCCAGCAACUGGAAACUGUACCGACGUAUAAUGAAAGGCCCAGAGUGGCCUGCAAAGUUACAAAGUGUGGGACUUUCCAGCCAUGAUCACCAACUGGUUUGCAGCAAGGUAGAGCACUGAUUUCUGCUCAGCUUUUUAUAGACCUCAACGGCUUUCAUGUAAGAUAAAAUAAACACUUCUCGCAAAUGUGAAUGUGUUGGAAUCGUCAUUUUGACUCAGUUUAAAAAGUGUUUGUAGGCUGUUAAGAACACUUUUAUAUGAGUAUACAGAAAAAAAUGUGAACAUAAAGUAUAGAAAAAGACUUCUGCCAGUCUACAGUUUCUGGAUAAUAGCUUAGUAUGAUUAUAUAGUGACAGGCAGACACAAUACUGCUGGAACACUCGCAGAGGGAUAAAGCCAACCAAUCUUGGCUAAGUUCUGGCUCUACCACCAACCUCCACACAGCACAAAGUGCAGCUCAGGGCACCACUGCCCAGCACAGCUCUGACUUGAAGUGUAGCCUACAUGCUGUAACUCAGAUAUAUCAGAGAAAGGCAGAAAAAAGUGUUUGCAGGACUGAGGUAUCUCUGAAUGCCAGACAUUUGACCCUGCAGUGACUGCUGUGAGCUAAAAUAAACACCUUUGAAAUCAGGCUGAGCUACUUCAGGCAAAAAUGAGAAAUGUUAAAACAGGUGUAAAUUUCAAGUGAUUAGUUUUGAUUAAAGUCAUUAUUGUCACUAAACCAGAGUAAAAUCUUGUUUAUAAAGUUACUGCACAGAAGGCAAUUUUAAGGUUACCUGUGGAUGAAAAUAGGUAAUACGCAACUGAUUGCUGGUGUUGAUGAUCUCAUACAUGCAAGAUGUCUCCCAUGAUCUUUGCAGAGCCUGGGUACUGGUGGUCUCAGCAAGGAAUGGCAAAGAAGCACUAAAAGAAAAUGAAAAUGCAGCCUGGAGAGAGGCCACAAGGAAGUGCUACAGGAAGCUCGUAGGAAAGAACAGCAACUCUGAGAGCUGUGUCAGGGCUGUGCAGACACAGUCAGCUU